ACACCGACCGGAGUCACCUCCGAGGCACACUGGCACAAUGAACUGAUUUGUUAUUUUGAUAGCUGGCUAACUAAUGUCUCUUUUUUUUCUCAGCAUGGACUGAAAUGGGACUAUAUGAAAGGCUGCAAUGGAGACCGUGCCGAUAGGCUGGACUGUGCGCACCUGUGAGCGGGAGGGAGACGGAGCAGAGCUGCUGAAGGGGAGAGUCACUGAUCCCAGCACGCGUGUUCAUGAUCUCUUUCAUGAAGAUGCACAGGGCUCACAGCAGUCUAGCCAGCCGUGGUGGAGGAUCAAACUGUUUGGGUGGGAUCCGGUGCUCUUCGGUACCUGGGAUGGAGUUUUCACCACCUGCAUGAUCAACAUCUUUGGUGUGGUGCUAUUCCUGCGUACUGGCUACCUGGUGGGCAACACGGGCGUGCUGCUUGGGAUGCUCCUGGUGUCCUCUGUCGUGCUGGUUGCUUUGGUGACGGUGAUGUCAGGGAUCAGAGUGAAUGAGUACUGCGGUGUUGGAAGUGGAGGAAUCUACUCCAUGAUCUCCACUGUCCUGGGCGGCAGGGUCGGUGGCACUGUGGGCCUCCUCUAUGUGUUUGGACAGUGUGUAGCUGGCGCCAUGUACAUCACAGGUUUCUCUGAGUCGGUGGCAGAGGUUCUGGGUCUGCAGAGCCAGUGGGUGGUGCGCGGCAUGUCGGCGGCGGUGCUGCUGGCACUGCUAGGAAUCAACCUGGCAGGUGUCAAGUGGAUUGUCAGACUCCAGCUGCUGCUGCUGGCUGUGCUGGCUGUCUCCACACUGGACUUUGUCAUCGGGACUUUCACGCACCUUGACCCAGAAAAUGGUUUCAUUGGUUAUUCACCCGGGCUGCUCAGCAGCAACAUGAUGCCAGAUUACAGCCCAGGAGAAAACUUCUUCACUGUCUUCGGGGUCUUUUUUCCUGCUGCUACAGGGGUUAUGGCAGGCUUCAACAUGAGCUCAGACCUUCAGCGGCCUGAACACAACAUCCCUGUGGGAACACUGGCAGCUGUCUUCACAUCGUGGUUCCUGUAUCUGGUCUUUGUCUUCCUUCUGGGGGCCAUCUGCACCAGAGAAGCUCUGCGCUAUGACUUCUUGAUAGCAGAAAAGGUCUCCUUGGUAGGCUUCCUCUUUCUGCUGGGCCUCUACAUCUCCUCACUGGCUUCCUGCAUGGGCGGCCUGUACGGAGCACCCAGGAUCCUCCAGUGCAUCGCCCAAGAGAGGGUCAUCCCAGCUCUGGCUUUCCUGGGAAAAGGGAGAGGCCCAAACAGGACUCCAGUGGCAGCUAUCUUUCUGACCAGCCUGCUAACCAUGGCCUUCAUUUUCAUCGGUCAGGUCAACGUGCUGGCACCCAUCGUCACCAUAAACUUCAUGCUCACCUACAGCUUUGUCGACUACUCUUACUUUAGUGUGGCCAUGACCUUCCAGCUACAGACUAAAGAGAAGAAGCACACCCCCGUCCCAGCCAAAAGAAACCAGCGUGGGUCAAUGAAGCCCCUGAUCGAGGCCUCUCUCCCAAACUAUGGGAGUGCAGGUGAGAGUCCGCAAGGUAAAGGCACUCUGUUGGAGUUCACCAAGGACAUGGACCAGAUCUUUCCACCCGCGUCAAAUGUUGACGCUGGGGCUGAAAAGGUCUCUCCUGUGCAAGAGCUAAACAGUCGAUGCAAGAGCAGAAAGGCUAAUAUUACUACAAAGCAGAAGCUGAUGGACAGCUUUGGCUUGGACCUAAACAGCAAUAUGUUCUCAGAGGAAAAAGAAGAGGAGAGUUCAGCUCCUUCAUGUGAGCACCCCGAAGUGCAGUGUAGAGGCAGGCUGCCCAGGACUGAAGAGGAAUUACAAGACAAAUUUUGUUCAAAAAUGCACCAUGCAGAGCAGGAUCCAUCUGCUGAACCUCACAGUCACAGCACAGGUUCUGGAGGUAAAGCAGAGCACCAGAGCUUUGAAAUCAAACCCAUGCAGGAUUCAUUAUAUGCAAAGUUCUCCAACCACUGGGUUGCUCUUAUCGGGGCAUUGAGCUCCAUAUUGAUUAUGUUUGUUAUUCAGUGGGUUUAUGCCUUAGCAAACAUAGUUGUUGCCCUGCUGCUCUUCUUCUACAUCGGGAAAACAAGUCCUGGACUACCUAUAGGUAUCGCAGCUCGAUUCAGCUUUUUCUCAUGGCUCAGAUCAACACUGAAUAGCAUUUUCAGGAGGAAAGGGUCUCCUCGGGAUGAGAUCGUAGUCACCCCCUCUCUGUCCAUGGUCGGGCUGAAAACCAAGCAGCUGACAGAGGAAAAUGCUGACUUUGCCUCCCGUCACCGCUAUCACCAGUCCUCAUUCAUCAAGGCAGGCAAGAUGGUGCAACCACCACUCCACUGACAGACUGAAACACUGCCUCUGUUACAUGUCAUAGCUGUCAGCCUCAAACCACAUCUUCUGCCUCCAACCGUGUCUCAUAUUGACACACGUAUUGUAUUUAACAAGCCUUCAGUGGCUCAGAUCAUUUUUCUUUCAAAAAAACUUUAUUAAACAUUAAUUUAUUAUGCCAUGAUGUACUUUAUGGCUUUAACUUUUGACUUAUGUAUCACAAUCUUUGUAACAAGUUUUUGUGUUAAAAUUACUGUACCGCUGGGUCACUUCCAAGAAGUCCAGUCAAUGUGCUGCCCAUGAGGCUCAAAUAUGACACAAAGGUUACAUUAAAAUAUGUUAGUCCACUUCUGCA